AUGACGACUCAAAUCGAGACCCACGUCCAGUACAACCAUUCCUACAUGGUGACUGAGGACUACAUGGCGCAGGAGGAAGACUGGGAUCGUGACCUGCUGCUCGAUCCGGCGUGGGAGAAGCAACAGCGAAAGACGUUCACAGCCUGGUGCAACUCGCACUUGAGGAAAGCAGGGACACAGAUUGAGAACAUUGAGGAAGAUUUCCGGAACGGCCUGAAGCUCAUGCUUCUCCUGGAAGUGAUUUCAGGCGAACGCUUGCCAAAGCCGGACAAGGGCAAGAUGCGCUUCCACAAGAUCGCCAAUGUCAACAAGGCCCUGGAUUUCAUCGCCAGCAAAGGGGUCAAACUGGUGUCCAUCGGGGCUGAGGAAAUUGUGGACGGAAACUUGAAGAUGACCCUGGGCAUGAUCUGGACCAUCAUCCUCCGCUUUGCCAUCCAGGAUAUCUCAGUGGAAGAAACCUCGGCCAAAGAGGGGCUGCUGCUCUGGUGCCAGAGGAAGACGGCUCCCUACCGGAAUGUCAACGUGCAGAAUUUCCACAUCAGCUGGAAAGACGGCCUUGCUCUCUGCGCUCUGAUCCACCGGCACCGCCCUGACCUCAUUGACUACGCCAAGCUCCGAAAGGAUGACCCCAUCGGGAACCUCAACACAGCUUUUGAGGUGGCGGAGAAAUACCUGGAUAUCCCUAAGAUGUUGGACGCGGAAGAUAUUGUCAACACCCCCAAACCGGACGAGAAAGCCAUCAUGACUUACGUCUCUUGCUUCUAUCACGCCUUUGCUGGUGCUGAACAGGCCGAGACGGCGGCCAACCGGAUUUGCAAAGUGCUUGCAGUCAACCAGGAGAAUGAGAAGCUGAUGCAGGAGUACGAGAAGCUGGCCAGCGAGCUCCUGGAAUGGAUCCGUCGCACCAUCCCGUGGCUGGAGAACCGCGUGCCCGAAAAGAGCAUGAGCGCCAUGCAGCGCAAGCUGGAGGACUUCCGGGACUACCGGCGCGUCCACAAGCCGCCCCGCGUCCAGGAGAAAUGCCAGCUGGAGAUCAACUUCAACACCCUGCAGACGAAGCUGCGCCUCAGCAACCGGCCCGCCUUCAUGCCCUCCGAGGGCAAGAUGGUCUCCGACAUCGCCAACGCCUGGAAGGGUCUGGAGCAGGUUGAAAAAGGCUACGAAGAAUGGCUGCUGACGGAGAUCAGGCGCCUGGAGCGUCUGGACCACUUGGCCGAGAAAUUCAAGCAGAAGGCUACGCUCCACGAAAACUGGACCAGAGGGAAGGAAGAGAUGCUCUCGCAGAAGGAUUACGAGUCAGCCUCCCUUUACGAGAUCCGGGCUCUCAUGCGGAAGCACGAGGCCUUCGAGAGCGACCUGGCCGCCCACCAGGACCGCGUGGAGCAGAUUGCCGCCAUCGCGCAGGAACUCAAUGAGCUGGACUACCACGAUGCCGCCUCGGUGAAUUCCCGCUGCCAGGCCAUCUGUGACCAGUGGGACACCCUGGGGACCCUGACUCAGAAGAGAAGGGAUUCGUUGGAGCGGGUGGAGAAGCUGCUGGAGACCAUCGACCAGCUGUACCUGGAGUUCGCCAAGAGGGCUGCCCCGUUCAACAACUGGAUGGAUGGCGCCAACGAAGACCUCCAAGAUAUGUUCAUUGUGCACAGCAUUGAGGAGAUCCAGAGCCUGAUCACAGCCCACGAGCAGUUCAAAGCGACUCUGCCCGAGGCCGACAAGGAGCGCAUGGCCAUCCUGGGCAUCCAGAACGAGAUCCAGAAGAUCGCCCAGACCUACGGCAUCAAGCUCUCGGGCGUGAACCCUUACACCAACCUUUCCCACCUGGACAUCGCCAACAAGUGGGACACGGUGAAGCAGCUGGUCCCGCACCGCGACCAGACUCUGCAAGAAGAGCUGGCUAGGCAACAAGCCAACGAGCGUCUGCGGCGCCAGUUUGCUGCCCAAGCCAACAUCAUUGGUCCUUGGAUCCAGACGAAGAUGGAGGAGAUUGGCCACAUCUCCGUGGACAUCAGCGGCUCCCUGGAGGACCAGAUGAACCACCUGAAGCAGCACGAGCAGAACAUCAUCAACUACAAGGCCAAUAUCGACAAGCUGGAGGGGGAUCACCAGCUCAUCCAGGAGGCUCUCGUCUUUGACAACAAGCACACCAACUACACCAUGGAGCACAUCCGAGUGGGGUGGGAGCAGCUCCUGACGACCAUUGCCCGCACCAUCAACGAGGUGGAGAACCAGAUCCUCACUCGUGACGCCAAAGGAAUCAGCCAAGAGCAGAUGAACGAGUUCCGGGCCUCCUUCAACCACUUUGACCGGAAACGAAACGGGAUGAUGGACCCGGACGACUUCCGCGCCUGCUUGAUCUCCAUGGGAUAUGACCUGGGCGAGGUGGAGUUUGCUCGCAUCAUGACGCUGGUGGACCCCAACAACACCGGCGUGGUGACCUUCCAGGCCUUCAUCGACUUCAUGACCCGGGAGACGGCCGAGACCGACACGGCCGAACAGGUCAUGGCGUCCUUCAAGAUCCUGGCCUCAGACAAGAACUACAUCACGAUAGAGGAGCUGCGCCGGGAGCUGCCUCCCGAGCAGGCCGAAUACUGCAUCAGCCGGAUGACAAAGUACUCGGGAGCCGACGCCGUGUCGGGAGCUUUGGACUAUGUUUCCUUCUCCAGCGCCCUGUACGGGGAAAGUGACCUGUGAGGACCCGAAGGCCCCAAGCCCACCCGCUCCGCAGAAAGAUGGCCUGUGGGGAGCAGAAGGAAUCCUCCUCUCCAGAGUCAGUCUUGUAUCCCUUGGAAGGAGGGGAAUUCGCACCAUGUACCCUCCCUCCCUCCCCUCCCCCACCGGGGUUCCCUUCCACCCACAAGCCAGGGCUGGUGGAUCUCGGGUGGCCUCGGCUAGGAAACCGCCUCUCCCCCCGCCCUCUGUAGAAGCUGCCUGUGUCUGUUCGCUGCUGCUGAGCUAGUUGCACACAGUCCCUCGGGCUCCGCUCGACCUUCCCGUCCUUCCGUCACUUUUAUUUUGGGGGGGGGGUCCUGGACGUUCCAGGUUCUUUCCCCCCCCUCCCCAGAAGCAGCAAACACAGCCCUUUCUCAGCUGUUUAAAGAUGUUGGGAAGGGGGGAAUCAUCCGGGGAAACCGGAAACCGAAACAUGUGUGCUGCCAACCUGGAAGGGAGGAGGUGGGAGCGAAGAAGGGGGCUGGCUUGGAAGGAAUGCUGUACUAAUAAAACACACACACACACA